AAUAUCUUCUGCGCUAUUAAGUAUUCAUAUAAUUUAUCAGAAUUUAUUAUAAAUAAAAGUGUUCAAAAUGAGUUCAGGAUUUAUAUCAGAAGCUGAGAUUGCAGAACAACGUAGAAUAAGGCAAGAAGAAUGGGAACGUGUACGAACUGCAGAUCAACCAUUAGCUCCAGAGGAACCAUAUGAUCCAAGAUCAUUAUAUGAACGAUUACAAGAACAAAAAAAUAAAAGAGAUGCAGAAUAUGAAGAGGCACAUAAAUUAAAAAAUAUGAUAAAAGGUUUAGAUGAUGAUGAAGUAGAAUUUUUAGAUUUGGUAGAUAGAACAAAAUUAGAAGAAGAACGUAAAAAAAAUCUUGAAGAAGAAAAAGAAAUGCGAGAUUUCAAAGCUGCUGUUGCUUCAUUACAAGAAAAAUCUUUAAAUGAAAAAUUAAAACAAGAAUUAAAAAAUCCUCAAAUUAUGAAUAAAAAUAUUUCAUCUGGAAGCCGUACUUCCCAAUUAAAAUUAUUAGCUGGAGUAGUAGUUAAACGUCCUGAGAAACAACAAAAACAAGAUGUUACGCGAGGUGUUAAAAGAAAAUUAUCUGAAGAAAAUAAAGAUACAUCAAAAAAAGAAGACUGUGAAAUAAAUGAACAGAUAAUUACUGAAUGUGAAUCCGCAUUCAAAGAUAUUUCAGAAGACAAAAAUAUAACAAAUGAAACAGGAGGUAUGAAGUGUAUUGGAAUUUUACCUGGUCUUGGUUCCUAUGAAGAUUCUAGUGACAGCGAAUGUAGUUCAGAUACAGAUCAAGAUCCAGAACCAAAUCAUUCUAAAUAUGAUCUGUUAGGUCGAAAAAUAAAAGUUUUAAAAGAUAAAGAAAAGAGCUGAAUGCAAAAUAUAAGCGCCUUUUUAUUGAUAGGUAAAUAACUAUUUUGUUUUGCAAUUUAUUGUAAUUGUACAAUAUAAAUAUAUUUUUUGCAAUAAUUUUCUGCAUAUUUUACUUUCAUUUUCAGUUUGCUCUUAUUUCAUGUUGCAAAAGAAUAUUGGAGUUUUUUAAAAAAUAUAUUAUAUUGUAUAAUAGAUUUGCUUUUUUUAAGACAUACAUUUUAAGUAUCAUAAAACUGUUUAAAGUUUAAAUGUUUGUCAGUUUUAAGAAUAUCACAAAAAUAAUUAGUUACAGAAAUAAAUUCAUUGUCAGUUCAUAAAUAAGG